AUGCUAGAUAUUUUGCCCAAUGAAGUAUUUGAAUAUAUAGUUUCAAUGCUUGCUCAAGAAGAUAAAACUUCAUUGAUGUAUUUAAACAAGAAAAUGUACCUUCAAAUCUGUCCCUUACUGUAUAGAAACAUAUAUCUCAAUGAAAGAUUUUAUGUUCCUGUAGAUUUGGAUUCAACGUUUGGUACACAUUAUUGGUCUGUCUUAUACUUUCGUUUUGAUUCCAACUCCAAUGAUCCAAUACUGGCAAAAGAAAAAGCAAGUUAUAAAUUUAGUUGUCUAGUAAGAUCAUUGUUUUCCAAUACUGAAUUAUUCAAAUUGAUUAGAAGAGUUCAUUGUAAUUGGAAUCUUGAUCAAGAUAUCUUUAGACAUUUCAUUCAUCUUUUAAUUCAAUUUGCUGAUAAUUUACAAGAGGUAGACAAUUUUUUAAAAGUAGAUAUCAGUAAUUUAUUAAUACAAAAAUCAUCUCAAUUAAUUUCAUUAACAAUACCACCUCCUUCUGUUUUACCAAAUAAAAUUUUAGCUAAUGAACAAUAUUUUUCCACUAUCCGUUCAAUUUGUAAUCAUUAUAAUUUCGAUAAUUUGCAAAGUUUAACCAUUCAUCCAAAUUCUUUAACAUUUUUCCCCAAAUUAUCACAUCCUCUUAAAAUAAAAUCUUUAUCCUUAAAUUUAAGACCUGAUACUCAUAUUGCAGAAGGAAAUCCAAACACUUUACCAAUACAACUUCAUUAUUAUGAUAUCUUUGAUGUAAAUAGUAUAAAAGAAUUGGAAAUUUUAUCUUGGUAUGAUGAUUCUAUUACUUCACUAGAUUUAUAUGAAAUGUGGAAUUUAAAUGACUUUUGGGAAUUCCAUAAUAUUGAGAAUUUAGUACUUCUAUCAUUAUUUAGUAAUACAGUUUUUCUUGAGAAUUGUAUAACCAAUUUCUAUUAUUUAAAGAAAUUAAAAGUUGAUUAUAUGUUUGAUAGUACAGUUUCCUUAGCGACAAUUAAUUCAAUGGCAAAUAAUCGUUGUUCAAAAACAAUCGAAUAUAUAGAUAUUAAAUUUGUUGAUGUAGAUCCUCCACUGUUAUCAAUCGAUCAAGAUGAAAUCUCCAUGUUUAGAUUACAUUUAAAUUGUAAAUGUGAUGAUUGCCAAUUCACAUUCAAAAAUAUCAUAUUAAAAAAAUAUUUCCCCACGCAGGAUACUUUUAUUAUUAAAGAUUAUGAAGAUGUAAAACAAAGAAAUUUUAUUCAACAAAUGUUUAGAUUAUAUCCAAUUAUUCCAUAUUCUCAAGGUUAUAAUGAAUAUCCAGCUAUUGGAUUUAAUAUGAAACCAUUAAGUGAUUUUGUAGAAAAAAUAAACGAAUUAUUAAAAUUAUCUAUAAAUGAUACAAGAGCAUUAACUGUUGAAGACAUUAGAAAAAUAUAUUUUGUGAUUAUACAUUCCUAUAAAAGAUCGUAUGAUAUAUUUUUAAGAAAUUUCCCAAAUUUGAAAUUCUUAAUUCUAAAUGAUUUACCUACCAAAAUUACAAGUCUUAAUGAUCAAAAAUGUAAUAUUCCCUUAUUCCAUUGUGAAGAUUAUAAAAGUAACCAAGUGUAUGAAAUUGUAGAUGCUAAUUCAUUAUUCAGCUGA